AUGUCCUCCCAGCCGCUUCUCCAGACUGCGCCAGGCAAGCGCAUCGCCCUGCCGACCCGCGUCGAGCCCAAGGUCUUCUUCGCCAACGAGCGAACCUUCCUGUCAUGGCUCAACUUCACUGUGAUCCUCGGCGCGCUGGCCAUUGGCAUGCUCAACUUUGGUGACCGGGUGGCCUUCAUCUCGGCCUUCCUCUUCACGGGCGUCGCCAUGCUGACCAUGAUAUAUGCGCUGGUGACGUACCAUUGGAGAGCAAAGUCAAUACGAGUGAGGGGCCAGGCCGGCUUCGACGACCGGUUCGGCCCGACCUUCCUGGCCAUCAUCCUGUUGCUGGCCGUCGUCGUCAACUUUGUCCUCCGCAUCACGGACCAGUCCAAUAAGCAGAAGCACGGCUAG